AAAGGGGUCUUUGACAGCCCCAAGACGACAAGCUGAGUGAAGCUGCCAUGAUGCUUGGUCUCCAAAUGUUCUUGCUUUUUCAUGUUCUGACAUGUUUCGGAGGAAAUGCGCUUAGGAGUGAAAUCAUAAAUGGUAAAAAGACCAAGGCGAAGUCGAUGAAGUAUAUGGCCUCAGUGCAGAACAACAAGGGUCAUGUAUGUGGAGGAUUCCUCAUCAGUGAAGACUUUGUGGUCACUGCUGCGCACUGUGACGACAAGAAUCCUACAAGUGUUGUUCUUGGCACCCACAAUCUCAAGAAGGUUGAUGAUAAAACAAUGCGAUACACUGUGAAGAGGUGCAAACACCCAUCUUAUAAGAGACUUGAAUCUGGGAAUGACAUCAUGCUCCUCAAACUGUCGAGGAAAGCUCGCCUGAGCAAAAAAGUACUAAUUAAGCCAAUUCAACUUCCAAGUCAUCAAAUAAAUCUGAAAGAAAACCAAAACUGCAAAGUAGCUGGAUGGGGAUUGACAAGAACUGGUGGUCAACUUGUUAAUGAACUGCAAGAGGUGGAUGUUCCCAUCAUUAAGCUGGAAAAGUGUCAGAAGGCAUGGCAUAAUAUCCUUCCUGACAAUAUUAUCUGUGCAGGUGGAUAUGGAACAAAGAAAGGAUUCUGUCAGGGUGAUUCUGGUGGCCCUCUGGUGUACAAGGGGAAGAUUGCUGUUGGUGUUGUUUCCUUCAACAGCAAGAAUAACUCACGUGGAAGUGAAAUCAUAAAUGGUAAAAAUACCCCAGAGAACUCAAUGCUGUAUAUGGCCUCUGUGCAGAACAACAUGGGUCAUCAUAUAUGUGGAGGAUUCCUCAUCAGUGAAGACUUUGUGGUCACUGCUGCGCACUGUGAUGACAAAAUGAUUCCUUUAAGUGUUGUUCUUGGCACCCACGAUCUCAAGAAGGUUGAUAAUAACACAAUGAGAUACAGUGUAAAGAAAUGCAAACAUCCAUCUUAUUCGAAACCUUCAUCUGGGAGUGACAUCAUGCUCCUCAAACUGUCUAAGAAAGCUCAACUGGGCAAAAGAGUAAGACUGAUUCUACUUCCCAAGGCUGACAAUAAAAUAAAAGAUAAGGAAAAGUGCCAUGUCGCUGGAUGGGGUUGGACUCAAACUCAUGGUAAAGCUGUUGAUGUAUUGCAAGUGGUGGACGUGCCCUUUGUCAACCUGGAGGUCUGUAAGAAAGAAUGGGCUGAUAUUCGCAGUAAUCUUCCUGCCAAUGUUAUCUGUGCCGGUGGAUAUGGCACAAACAAAGGAUUCUGUGAGGGUGAUUCGGGUGGUCCUCUGGUGUGCAGUGGGAAGGCUGUUGGUGUCGUGUCUUUCAACAUGAGAAAAAACUGUGACUACCCAAAUGUUCCUAACGUCUACACAAAUAUAUCAAAAUACCUUCCCUGGAUCAAAAAUGUUCUCAAGCAAAAGGAUUGUUAAAUAUAGCAUACCUUUACUGUGUUGAACUGCCUUCCACUUAGCAUCAGGUCUGCUGGAAACUCACUUUUACAGAAUGGCCUUUCUUAACAAUUGACAUCUUUAUUUCUUUGGAAAUUACUUUGUGAUUUUUGCUUGAAAAGUGCUCUUUAAAUAAAACCAUAAUAAUAAUAAUUAUUAUUACAGUAUUAUUAUACAGUGGAGAUAUUGCUGUGUUAAGUUGCUCUGUCAAUGUUUGCUCUUUAUCUGAAAUGAAAAAUAAAACUUCAGUGUCGAAUGUCAAAUAUUUUA